CUCCAGGUCCCAGACACACUCAGUAUUUUACGUCCAUCCCCACUCUGUUGGGGGUGAAGACGACACAGCAUUUGCGAAGUGAAGGAAGCUAGAACUGACCCCGUAAGGAGGCUGAGGGAGAGAAGGAUCCCACCACCCGACUCCCUGGCUUGUAACCGAGAACUUUACUAUCGGGCUCAGAAUUUCUGUUGAUGAAUCCCAGUGCUCCCUGCUCAGAGACUUCCUUGGCUGCACUGUAAGGUCCUUCACUGAGAUGGCUGACGAAAGUGUUGACCAGAGGCCGAGUAAGAAAUUAAAGUUCUCCCUUCGCGAAGAAGAUGCGGAGAGCGGAGUGCAGACCACAGCAGGAGACACCGGAGAGGCCCAGAGCCAAAAGCCUGAGAGGGAAGAGGAUGAGAAGCCGGAAGGUCCCAAGUCUCCCCCCAGAGAUAAACUGUAUCCUCCUCAGAACAGAGACAAGGAAAGUCCAGAGCCUUCCAAACAUCCAGGGACGCCAGAACCGUACGGCAAGAACACGCUGCCAGCUGCUGACAACCCCUCCACUCCCAAAAACACAAUGAAGCAGCCAGAGAUUUCUUCGGUAGGGAAACUUUCUGCCCGAAGCUCUAAACAUCUGAGGCUCCCAUCUGCCCCCUUCAUGGAUGAGAAGACCUCCAGGUCUCUGGUUAAUAUCAACCCAUUCACUCCGGAGUCCUAUAGAAAGUUAUUCCUUCAAUCAGAUGGCAAGAGGAAAUCCAGAGACUCUCCCCAGGAAACCGGAGAAGGGGAAGGCACAUCAGAACAGUGGAUGCCUGCUAAGAGAAGUGUUCUACGAGAAACUAAUAUGGCUUCCCGCUAUGAAAAAGAGUUCUUCGAGGUAGAAAAAAUUGGGGUUGGGGAAUUCGGUACAGUCUACAAGUGCAUUAAGAGGCUGGAUGGAUGCGUUUAUGCAAUAAAACGUUCUACCAAACCAUUAUCAGGAUUAUCAAAUGAGAGUGUGGAUUUGCAUGAAGUUUUUGCCCAUGCAGUGCUUGGCCACCACCCCCACGUGGUACGCUACUAUUCUUCAUGGCCAGAAGACGACCACGUGGUCAUCCAGAAUGAAUACUGUAAUGGUGGGAGCUUGCAAGCGGCGAUAUCUGAAAACGCUGUGUCUGGCAAUCACUUUACUGAGCCCACGCUCAAAGACAUCCUCCUACAGAUUUCCUUGGGACUUAAGUACAUCCACAACUUUGGUAUGGUACACCUGGACAUCAAACCCAGUAACAUCUUCAUUUGUCGUAAGACACAGAGUGACUCUCCUGCGUGCCCAGAUGAGGAUGAAAAUGAGGAUAACUGGUUUAUCUCUGCCAGUGUGAUGUAUAAAAUCGGUGACCUGGGCCACGUGACGUCAGUCAGCAACCCGAAAGUGGAAGAAGGAGAUAUUCGCUUCCUGGCUAAGGAGGUCUUGCAAGAGAAUUAUCAGCACCUUCCCAAAGCAGACAUAUUUGCCUUGGGGUUAACAAUUGCAAUGGCUGCAGGAGCAGAGUCAUUACCCACUAAUGGUGACAUGUGGCAUCAUAUCCGCGAGGGGAACUUUCCAGAUAUUCGUCAGGAGCUCUCAGAUGACUUCUAUGGUCUACUCAAGAGCAUGAUCCACCCUGAUCCAGAGAAGAGACCUUCUGCAGCAUUUCUGAUCAGAAGUCAAGUUCUUCGACCCUCCCUGGAAAAUACAGAAGAACUCCAGAAGCAACUGGCCUUGGAGAAGUCCAAGACAGCCAUACUGGAAAGGGACCUGAAGAAAGUUCAGCAAAUGCAGACCUCUCAGAGAGACAUCCACCAUGAUGACCCUGGGACCCCUGGAACCCACAAAGACACAAGAAACACGUGACACCUGGUGGGAGGAAUGAGGGAGGAGCCCUCAAGAUUCACCUGUGUGAAGUUCUCCUUGUAAGCACUCACUUGUCACACAGCCUUCAGAAGGCCCACAGGAUGCAACAACGAGCCAGCUUGAAUGCACUAAGAUUUCGAAAACUACCUGAUGUAGCAUCUGUGGGAAGGUCGCAACGCUUCUAGGGUUUCUUAGCAAUGGUCUCACAUCUUCCCUGUUGUCGUAUUUCUAGUGCGGAGGACUUCUGGCGAUUUGAAAGAGAAACACAAACUCUGUUUUGGCCUAUGGAUCAAGAAGCCGUCGUGACUUAUUCUUUACCGAGACCCAGGGAGCUUUCCCUGUACGUAGAAAGGAAUAAAGUACGCUUUGAAGUACCAGCUCACAAGAGACCGUUGCCUACAUUCAAGCUGUGCUUCCCAAGUUGGGUCUACUCAUGCGUCUGCCAGCCCCUUAGAGCAGGGAGUCUGCCUAAUAUAAUUUCUGGAUGGAUGCAAUCUCUUAUCUGAUUUUAUAUUAUUAAGUAAAAAGCUAUCCUUAUGUGAAACAGUGAGAAGUAGGACUAUAAUGUGGACAGUUCCUGAGCUGCUUAUUAACUUCUGAAGCAAAAUCAGUAGAGGCAGGGGCCCCGAUGGAAGUAUGAUGUAUCUGCAUGUGUUCUGGCCCUGUGGCAGCUCCCCGAGUCCUGUUCUCUUGUAACUGUUCCCCACAUCCUAGUCUCUUGUGGCUGUUCCCCGUGUUCUAACCCCUGUUGCUUUUGAGUUUUUGGACAUCAUCGCCAGGUUCUCUUGAUGUUUUCAAACCAGAGUUUGCCUUUGCUUUCUGUGCUUUUAACAUGUUUUAAACCAAAUCUUUCCCUCUGCGUGCAUUUAGCGAAACAGGACACUUGUGAAUAAAGAUUUUUAUUUUUGUCCAAAGGCAAA